AUGUAUAAUAGCGAUAUCAAGAUAAUGGUGAACAGCACUGCUGCGGAAGAAAGUCAGAAUUCCUCGAAUGAGCGUAUCGAUCAGUUGAAAACUGAGCCAACAGAAUCGGUACCAGAUGAGAUCGACAAUGAUGUCUACCUGAAGGAUGUUAUCAGAGCGUUCGAUAAACUCAGAAACGUUUCGGAUUUUAAUCGCGUUGCGCGAAAGGUGCAUCCAAUUUCGGCUACUCGAGACAGUAUAUUAGUUGAAUUAACACUUGAAGAAGAACAUGUAAAUAGUAAAAAAACAAUGCAUGGUGGACAAACAGCUGCACUUGUUGAUAUGAUCACCGCGAGAGCCGUGGGAAUCACUAUUAAGGACAGGGCGAUGGUGUCUGUGGAACUUGCUGUUAGCUAUAUGUAUCCACUUCGAUUGGGUGAGACGGUGCUCAUAGAAGCAAAAGUUCUGAAGGUCGGUCGUAACAUGGCAUUUACAGAGGCUGAAUUACGUCGCAAAUGUGACAAUCGUAUCAUAGCGAAAGGCAAGCACACUCUGGCAUUCAUCCCUAAACCAGCAACUCAAAAUGGCGAACCAUUUGAGCAAUUCUGA